AUGUCAUAUGAUGAUGGCAAAAUGCUCACUGUCCAUUGUGCAAUCAAAGGACAUCGUCCAUCCACACCAGACGACAUUCAAAGAUGUCUUCAGUCUGCAUUUCCAUAUCCUUUUGACGGAUUGAUUUUUACACCGGAUAAAGCCUAUAUCUUUGGACGCGAUCCAUUGAUGUUCAAAUGGCAAAAUGAAGAUGAUUUACACUGUGAUUUACAAUUGAAUCCUACAGGAGAUAAAUCAGACAGUUUUGAUGUAUUCAAAUGUCGUUGGAAUGCAACCAAAAGUUCCUGGGACGCACUUUUUGUGCGCUAUGAUAAGGAUGCACCGGAUUCUGUUGAUAUCGUUGCCCAUUUAGAGAAGAUAUGUCAACAACCAUUCACAAAGGACAACCUUCUGUCAAACCUUGCUCAGCAUCGAAGCGUCACGAAUGUGACAGGUAUAUCUGCUGGUGAUCGUCCAACUAAUAGUCUUUCAUUUGAUGAACUGUUCUUAAAGAUUGAAGAUUUAGUCAAAGUUGGUAAAGUUGAUAAAACCGUUGAUUCAGUCACAGGUCUAGAAAUGUUCAUCUAUGAUCGCUCCACAGCUUCGUUCAGUGAUCCAAUCGUUCUUCUUUGUCGUGGUCUUGUUCUUCAUCCACCAUCGAAGACUGUCGUUACAAGGCCUUUCAUCAAAUUCCUUGAACAUGCUGGCAGUCGUGAUCCUAAUGAAAUGGUUGAAGCUACUAUAAAAUAUGAUGGAUCUCUUGGAAUUGCAUUUUUGUGGGAUAACGAUGUUUUGGUGACGACCAAACGAAGAAUGGAUUCAAAACAAGCGAUAUGGGCGAAACAAUGGAUCAAAGAUCACUGUAACCUCUCCAUGUUUCAAGCAGGAUAUACAUAUCUGUUUGAAAUUAUCUACCAGAAUAACACCGUUAUUGUGAACUAUUUCUUUGAAGGUCUUGUUUUGCUUGCUAUCAAUGACGAAAAAGGUCACGAAUUACCUUACAACACAAUGCUGCAUUUUGCCAGAGCUACGGGGUUCUUUAUGGUAACACCACGCAUAACUGCUCCGUAUUCAGAAGUACUUUGGUACUGUGGUGGAAUUAGAUCGAACGGAGGAACAAUAUCUCCCAACCUACCUUCAUUUACUUCAGGAGCUCUGCCAGUUAAUAAAAAGCGACAAGAAGGAUGGGUUGUAAAGUUCAGUGAUGGAAGUAGACAGAAGAUCGUCUACAGCUGGUGGAAGAAUACAUCCAAACUUGCACAACUUGUUCACCCUCAAGUUGUCUGGUUGUUGCUCAAGCAUGAUAAAAUCAAAGUGGCUUUUGAAAAUGCACCAAAUCACUUUUACGUCGAAAUCCUUCGCAUGGUGCAAGCAAUCAGAGUCAAUUUUUUGAAAACUUUGCUAUCUGUUCAAAGAUGCCUUGGAACGUCCAAUAGGUACAACAAAAAACGGUCCCGACGUGCUAAACGGUUGAAAAAUAAAUCAGUUAGCGAGACUGAUGUUCCUAAAAAAGGAAAGUUGACGAUAGUAAUAGAGGACAGACUGGACAGAAUCGCAAGUAUUAAUAAUUUAUUUAAGCUUGUUUCCGAGCUUAAACCAUAUCACGAUCUUAUUUCUUCGUCAAAUACUAAUCGGUCGCCUUUUUAUAAUCAAUUGAAACUUAACUCUCUCCGGUUACCAAUUCUGAAUUACAUAUACCCAAAGUCUUUUGUUUUGGAAGGUUAUGAACCUUGCGACAACUUCAAGCAGACAUGGUGCAAGGGAUGGCAAGACCUUUCGAUGGAUGUCCACCAAUGGCAGUUUGUGCAGACAGCCUUGCAAAGAAAUAAGAGGCUUCCUAACUUCCUCCAAUUGCCUGCUGAAAUAGUUGUUAUGAUUUUAAAUCUUCUUGACCACGCAAGCUUGGCAUCCAUGGCUAAGGUUUGCGCUUAUUUGCGGCAAAUCAUAAAACCCUGUAGAGCACGCUUGUUGCACAAGACGGUUUUGCGCCCUGCAAUUGUAAUAAGGAGUCUCCCCGCGGAAAAGUGGCAGGAGAGAAAUCGUUCAACUUAUGCAUCUGACAAUGACGAUGAUGUUUACCUUUCUGAUGACGAGUGGCGUCAUCCUUACGAGGGGCGUCAUUAUGAGCCAUAGAUACAGAUAGAUACAAUCGACCUUUUUUAUAGAUGAUUCAUGAUCAAACGCUGUCAUUUAAUGUCAGUAAUUAGUAAUACUUUUGAGGACACGUAGUGUCAAUUUUUUUGAAAACGCCUUGUA